UCGGGCGGCCGCGGCGCGAUGGAGGCGCCGGCGCAGCUGCUGGCGGCGGUGCCCGCGCUCGCCACGGCGCUGGCGCUGCUGCUGGCCUGGCUGCUGCUGCGGCGCGGGGCGGCCUCGAAGCGCGAGCCCGGGAAGCCCGAGAAGGCCGUGGCAGCGGCGCCGGCCGAGGAGCAGGACACCCAGGCCAGGAAGGAGGCAGCGUCGGCCCCAGCCCCCAUAGUGUCUAAGGAAGAUGGGCCCGGGUGCUUCUCCUUCCACUACAGCCCUGGCAAGCUUCGGGGCAACCAAUACAGGAAGAUGCUGGCCAGGGAGGAGCUGGAAGAGGAGCAGAGGGUGCAGAAGGAGCAGCUGGCUGCCAUCUUCAAGCUUCUCAAGGACAACAAGGACACGUUUGGGGAGAUGAGCGACUAUGACGUCCAGGAGCAGCUGCGCCUCUACGACAUGUAGCCCCCCGCCCUGCCGGGCCCCACACCCCCACUUGGGGAGGUGUCGCUGACGUUUGUAAGCCUACACGUAGACACAGCUAAUAUACCACCUGCUCCAGACCAUC